AUGACGACCAACCAUCUGGAUGCUUCGGAGGUUGAUAGCUAUGACUACCUCAUCGUGGGAGGUGGCACGGCGGGUUGUGUCAUAGCAUCCCGCCUGGCCGAGUACCUUCCACGCAAGAAGAUCCUGCUGAUUGAGGCCGGGCCUAGCGAUUUCAUGGACGACCGAGUCCUUGACUUGAAGCAAUGGCUCAGCCUUCUAGGUGGUGAGCUCGAUUACGACUACGGGACGACCGAGCAACCCAUGGGCAACUCUCACAUCCGACAUUCCCGUGCGAAGGUUCUCGGCGGCUGCUCCAGCCACAACACUUUGAUCUCUUUUCGGCCAUUCGAGUACGACUGCAAGAUCUGGGAGUCCUUGGGGGCCAGAGGCUGGACCUUCCCCAUGUUCACGCGCGUGCUGAACAAACUCCGCAAUACAGUGCAGCCCGUGCACGAACGGCAUCGAAACCAACUCUGCCUCGACUGGGUCGACUCUUGCAGCAAAGCCAUGAAUAUCCCCGUGGUGCACGACUUCAACAAGCAAAUCGCCACGACGGGCUCGUUGAAGGAGUGCGUCGGCUUCUUCUCCGUCAGCUACAACCCGGACGACGGCCGCCGCUCCAGCGCCAGCGUCGCCUACAUCCACCCCAUUCUGCGCGGCGAAGAACACAGGCCGAACCUCAAAAUCCUCACCAACGCCUGGGUGUCCAAGAUCAACGUCCACGACGACGCCGUAAAGGGCAUAAACCUCACUCUCCAAUCCGGCGUGGCCCUGACCCUCACAGCACGCACGGAAACGAUCCUCUGCGCCGGCGCAGUCGACACCCCGCGCCUCAUGCUCCUCUCCGGCCUCGGGCCCGCCUCGCAGCUCUCCUCCCUCUCCAUCCCCGUCGUCAAGGAUCUCCCCGGCGUGGGCGAGAAUCUGCUCGACCACCCCGAAACGAUCAUCAUCUGGGAACUCAACAAACCGGUCCCGCCCAACCAAACGACCAUGGACUCGGAUGCAGGGAUUUUCCUCCGGCGCGAGGCCCCGAACGCCGCGGGCCGCAAAGCCACGCCCACGAACCCCCUCGCCCUGCCGGACGCUGACAUCGCCGACGUGAUGAUGCACUGCUACCAGAUCCCCUUCUGCCUGAACACGUCACGCCUGGGCUACGACACCCCGAUCGACGCCUUCUGCAUGACGCCCAACAUCCCACGCCCGCGCUCCCGAGGCAAACUGUACCUCACGAGCGCGGAUCCGGCCGUCAAACCAGCUCUCGACUUCCGCUACUUCACCGACCCAGAGGGCUACGACGCCGCGACCUUUGUCUUCGGCAUCAAGGCCGCGCGCAAGAUCGCCCAGCAGAGCCCCUUCAAGGACUGGAUCAAGCGCGAAGUCGCGCCGGGCCCGGACGUGCAGUCCGACGAGGCCCUCUCCGCGUACGCCCGCAAGGUCGCCCACACGGUCUACCACCCGGCGGGGACGACCAAGAUGGGUGACGUGGCGAAAGACGACCUCGCCGUCGUGGACGAGCAGUUGAAGGUCCGCGGCCUGAAGGGGUUGAGGAUCGCCGAUGCGGGCGUCUUCCCGGCCAUGCCGACGAUCAAUCCCAUGUUGACCGUCUUGGGCAUUGGGGAACGGUGUGCCGAAUUGAUUGCCAUGGACGCCGGCUGGCGGUUGGAUGAGGUCGAGGACGCGGGCAGGGGGUGGAAGAAUGUGCGCGAGGCGACCACCGUCAGGGCGAGGUUGUAG